AUGACUAACAAUAUUCUAAUUUCAGGAUGGUUCUACAUUCGCUCUGCGCGUGGAGGCUUACACUUGGUAGCUGAUGGACACAUUUUUUACGAGGAUGGAGGGUCUCAUCCUCGACGCGUCACAUGGAGAUGUGCUCGUUCUUAUCAGAAAGCUGAAAGAUGUCAAGUUGCCUUAUGCUUAAGAGAUGGUCGUUUAGUGUAUUUUCGUGGUUCACAUAAUCAUCCUGCAACUUAUAAUCCGGCGAAACAUGACUCCAGGCGUUUCCAAGUGGAUCCAAUGGGCAAGUACAAGAUUGUAGCUAGUCCAGCGCCAAGGGGCGCUAGUGUGAUCGCUGCCCCUGCACCGCUCGUGCCACCAGCGCCCCACGCCGGGAUUCUACUCUAG